UUUGCGGAGCCCUUGGCCCGGAGGAAAGCCAGCUUGGCAGCCGCUGCCGAACACCCCCACUUCUGGUCGGCCGCCCUGGGCUCUGCCUCAGGCGUGGGCCCCAGGCGGCCUCCUGGACAAGCCGAGGGCAGGCCCAGCUGCUUCCCGCAAAGACUUUUGCUGUGAGAAUUAACAGCAGCUGUUCACCAUGGGGGAUGUUCUCGCUCAUGAGUCAGAAUUACUUGGACUUGUGAAAGAGUAUUUAGAUUUUGCUGAAUUUGAAGAAACCUUGAAAACAUUUUCAAAAGAAUGCAAACUAAAAGGAAAGCCAUUAUCUAAAACAGCAGGUGGCUCCUUAAGGGACUCCAAAUCAUUGAUCGUCCAGAAGGACCUCGUUGCUGCAUUUGACAAUGGAGACCAGAAGGUGUUCUUUGACUUGUGGGAGGAGCACGUUCCCAGUUCCAUCCGAGAUCGUGACUCCCUCGCCCAGAAGUUGGAAUUCUAUCUUCACAUCCAUUUUGCCAUCUAUCUGCUGAAAUACUCCGUAGGGAGACCUGACAAAGAGGACCUGGAUGAGAGGAUUUCUUAUUUCAAAACCUACCUGGAGACCAAAGGGGCAGCAUUGAGCCAGACCACGGAGUUUCUCCCUUUCUAUGCUCUGCCUUUUGUUCCCAACCCCAUGGUGCACCCCUCAUUUAAAGAGCUCUUCCAGGAUUCUUGGACUCCAGAAUUAAAGUUGAAGUUGGAAAAGUUUCUGGCCUUAAUUUUUAAAGCCAGUAACACGCCAAAGCUUUUAACCUUAUACAAGGAGAACGGACAAAGUAACAAAGAAACGUCGCAGCAGCUCCACCAGCAGCUGGUGGAAGCCGAGCGAAGGUCAAUGACAUACCUGAAGCGGUACAAUAAGAUCCAGGCGGACUACCACAAUCUCAUCGGGGUCACAGCAGAGCUGGUGGAUUCUCUGGAGGCCACGGUCAGUGGCAAGAUGAUCACCCCGGAGUACCUCCAGAGCGUGUGUGUCCGCCUCUUCAGCGACCAGAUGCGGCAGAGCCUGGCCCACAGCGUGGACUUCACAAGGCCUGGGACGGCUUCAACCAUGUUAAGAGCCUCCUUGGCACCCGGGAAACUAAAGGAUGUCCCACUGCUGCCCUCCUUGGAUUAUGAGAAGCUGAAGAAGGAUUUGAUUUUGGGGAGCGACCGCUUGAAAGCCUUCUUGUUGCAGGCUCUGCGCUGGCGCUUGACCACAUCCCAUCCUGGAGAGCAGAGGGAGACCGUUCUGGAAGCCUACAUCGGCAACGACCUCCUGGAUUGUCACAGCCACAGCCAGAGACGCGUGCUCCAGCUGCUGCACUCCAAGAGCGAGGUGGUGCGGCAGUACAUGGCCCGGCUCAUCAAUGCUUUCGCGUCCCUGGCAGAAGGUCGCCUCUACCUGGCCCAGAACACAAAGGUGCUACAGAUGCUGGAGGAAAGGCUGAAGGAGGAGGAUGAGGACAUCGUCACCCGCGAAAACGUUCUCGGGGCCUUGCAGAAGUUCAGCCUCAGGCGCCCGCUGCAGACAGCGAUGAUUCGAGACGGCCUCAUCUUCUGGCUGACUGAUAUUCUGAAGGACCCCGAUUGCCUGUCGGACUAUACACUGGAGUACUCGGUGGCUUUGCUUAUGAACCUCUGUCUCAGGAGCGCAGGGAAGAACAUGUGUGCCAAGAUAGCAGGUCUGGUGCUGAAAGUUCUUUCGGAUCUGCUCGGCCAUGAGAACCACGAGAUACAGCCAUAUGUGAAUGGAGCUCUGUACAGCAUCCUUUCUAUCCCAUCCAUUCGUGAGGAAGCAAGAGCAAUGGGAAUGGAGGACAUCCUUCGCUGCUUCAUCAAAGAAGGCAAUGCUGAAAUGGUCCGCCAGAUCGAAUUCAUCAUCAAGCAGCUUAAUUCAGAAGAGCUACCGGAUGGUGUUCUUGAAUCUGACGAUGAUGAAGAUGAAGAUGAUGAAGAGGACCAUGACACUAUGGAAGCUGAUCUGGACAAAGAUGAACUGAUCCAGCCCCAGCUUGGAGAGCUGUCAGGCGAGAAGCUUCUGACCACGGAGUACUUGGGGAUUAUGACAAACACGGGCAGGGCAAGGCGGAAGGGCCUGGCCAGUGUGCAGCAGAGUGCUGACGAGCCCCUGCGCCGGCCCGUCACCCCCGGUGGCCACAGGACCGGGUACCCAGCGCUGGAAGACCGGCCCGUUUCUCCCCAGAUGGCCCAGCAUGCCCGAGACGGCAGCGUCCCAUCCCUGUCAAGUGCCCACCGUGCCGUCUGCAAGGGGGCCGAGCCCAGGGCUCCGGAGUCUUGUCUCUCCUCUUCACGUAAGAACCCCACCUCGGACAUCAAGCCAGGAGAAUGGUUGCCAGCAAAACAUCAGGGAGAGGUUCGCCUGCCCUCCACGGAGGUCCCCAGCCAGGCCCCAGGCAGUGGGGAGACCACCAGGGACUUUACAUCAGCCUUCACCUUCAAGCCCCGGACCCCCAGCACCCCGGCGAUCCUGGACCUGAACCCACCCAAGGCCAAGGCAUCCACUCUGGCCCCUCAGUUCUCUACAUGCGGCCCCCAGCAGGCCAGCCGUCCCAGCUCCAUGUCGUCUUCCACAAGGGGCCUACAGAGUAAGUCAGAUGGGAGGACAGGGCACUGUGUUUUCUGUGCCCCAAAGGCCGCAGGGAAGGCCACCUCCCCUCCCUAUGGGACCAGGGCCACAGCUGGUGUCUUCCUCUGCCCUAGAGACCAGUUCUUCACUCAUCUUUCUAUUUACGCAAUUGCCACCGGCCUCGGGGGCUCACACAUAAGCUGGCAGACGGAGACCAUCUGGGCAGUGCCACUCAGAGUUAAGAUCCCCACACCUCUGUGGGACUUGUGUGGUCGGCCCUGAGACCUGGACCUGCCUUCUUUUUUUUUUCUUUUUGCAAGAUUUUAUUUAUUUGACAGAGAGAGACAGAGCAAGAGAGGGAACACAAGCAGGGGGCGUGGGAGAGGCAAAAGCAGGCUUCCUGCUGAACAGGGAGCCCGAUGUGGGGCUCGAUCCCAGGCCCCUGGGAUCAUGACCUGAGCCGAAGGCAGAUGCUUAACGACUGAGCCGCCCUGGCGCCCCUGGACCUGCCUUCUGGUGGGAGGCAGCCGGCCGCUAGUCAGGCAGCCUGGAAACCAAACUAAGAGGCGCCUUGGAGCUGGGGCCACCGGAGGGACUGAGGGUAGGGUGGGCCCAAGGGGCCUGCCUCCUGCCAUUUUGGGCACUGGAGAGACCACUUCUGUCUCUAUUCCCUCCUAGCCUUGGCCAGUUGACCACUCCCCUCCACUUUCUAAAGAGUCUUAACUAAAAAUAAGGGAGGGUCGCCUGGCCGGCUCAGUCAGUGGAGCAUGCGACCCUGCUCUCGGCGUUGUAGGUUAGAGCCCAUGCUGGGUAUAGAGAUUAGUUAAAAAUAAAAUCUUAAAAAAAAAAAACAUAAAUCAAUAAAUAAACCAAAAUAAAGGAAAACAAAAGCGAAACAGGACCAAAGGGUGUCAAGCAACAGAAACUCUGUCACACUCGGGAUAUAUGCAUUUCUGCCGCUGUGCUGCCCCCCACCCGCCUUGCCCCACUCAUUUCCUGCCAGAGCCCCAAGCGCUCUGGUCAACCCGAGACCCGCUGGGCUGGCUGUGUGGUUAACGGGCCGUGGCUGGAAAGCGGGCCCGGCCCUCCCUCUUCUCCGGCCCGAAUCUGCUGGGAAACACAGCCAGGCCCCAGCCCCCUGUCCCCACCAGCCGUGCAGCUCAAGGUGCUUCUUCACACAGGCCCAAAGGAAGCCCCAGCAGAGGCCGCGACAGCGUGGCCUGAGAGAGGUAGACAGGCCCGCCCUCGCCCUGCUGGCUUCAGGCCUGAGCCCGGGCUAGGAAUAGCCACACUAGCAACAGGCAGUACCCGCCGGCUCCUCCGGGCCCUGCCUGCGCCUAGCUAGAUCCGCUAGCUGCAGAUUCACGUCCUGUGGCCUCGACAAACAGCACAACCAUUGCCAGCAAAACUCACUG